UGGGCAGGACUUUGGACAACGCUGAGCGUGUUAGACGGACAGAACAUCACCCACACCACAACUCUCAUUUUGGCCGCCUCCUCGCAAUCGAGCAUCCUGCCAAUCGCGUUAUCGCUUUUCUCUCCUAUCUUUGCCCUCUUUUUGCUCCAUCUAGACCCAAUCGUUUCGAUCUGGGAUCAUCUACAAAGGUAAAGGGGAAAGGCCUGAGCAAUCGAGGCAUCUGAAGAAUGCCAGCCGCCGCUGAAGUUGGAGCUGGGAGAUAAGCAUCCGAUCGUAAUUUGGGGAAAUUUUAAUGUGGGUGUGACUUGCAUGGGUAGAGGAUGCCAGAGCUGCGAAGUGGAGCACGGCAGGCUCGGUUGAAAUCCAAAAAGCUUGAUGAUAUUCCGCCUGCAUCCCAGCCCUUUGAACAAGCUGAGAAUUGGUUACCAACUCCAAACCGCACAGGGAGGCGCACUGGUGCAGGAAGGGGAAGAGGUGCCAAUGCUGCAACAGUAGCGAAAGGGCCUGCAGCCACACCAGUUAGGCCAACAGUUGCUGGUAGAGGAAAAGGAAUCAGGGUCAUUGAUUUGGAUCCUGAUCAGCCUUGUGAGGCUCUGCCAGGAGCUGCCGCUGGGGGCAUACAAGACUUCUUUUUGAACCAAGCUGCAGAGGUAGCCGCUGAUAAAGAUUUGGUGAUGGAGGGUGGGAGUGCAGAGAAAUUGGUGGGAGCUGAAGAUGAACCAACCACAACUCCUGUCCCUGAGCGGGUUCAAGUAGGUAAUUCCCCUGUAUAUAAAAUAGAGCGAAAGUUGGGUAAAGGUGGUUUUGGUCAGGUCUAUGUUGGCAGAAGGUUGUCUGGUGGAACUGAACGCACAGGCCCAGAUGCUUUUGAGGUGGCAUUGAAAUUUGAGCAUCGUAGUAGUAAAGGUUGCAACUAUGGUCCACCCUAUGAGUGGCAAGUUUACAACUCUCUGAAUGGAUGUUAUGGAAUACCUUGGGUUCAUUACAAGGGCCGCCAAGGCGAUUACUACAUUCUGGUCAUGGACAUGCUUGGACCCAGUCUUUGGGAUGUAUGGAAUUCUGUUGGCCAAGCAAUGUCACCUAAUAUGGUGGCUUGCAUUGCUGUGGAGGCAAUUUCAAUUCUGGAGAAGCUUCACAUGAAGGGAUUUGUACAUGGAGAUGUCAAGCCGGAGAACUUUUUACUUGGUCAGCCUGGAUCUGCAGACGAAAAAAAACUUUUCCUUAUAGAUCUUGGUUUAGCUUCUAGAUGGAAAGAAUCAUCUUCUGGUCAACAUGUUGACUAUGACCAAAGGCCCGAUAUUUUCAGGGGAACCAUAAGAUAUGCAAGUGUGCAUGCCCAUUUAGGUCGUACAGGAAGUAGGAGAGAUGACCUUGAGUCUCUGGCGUACACACUGAUAUUUCUUAUUAGGGGAAGGCUGCCAUGGCAAGGCUAUCAGGGAGACAAUAAGAGUUUUCUUGUUUGUAAGAGAAAAAUGGCAACUUCUCCGGAUGUGUUAUGUUGUUUCUGCCCUCCUCCAUUUAGACAAUUCCUGGAAGCAGUGACAAAUAUGAAGUUUGAUGAAGAACCAAAUUACUCAAAGCUUAUUUCCCUUUUUGACAGUUUGAUUGAACCAUGCACUCCUUUGAGGCCUAUCAGAAUUGAUGGAGCUAUAAAGGUUGGGCAGAAACGUGGUAGGUUGCUUGUGAAUCUUGAAGAAGAUGACCAACCUAAGAAAAAAGUUCGAUUAGGCAGCCCAGCUACACAAUGGAUAUCAGUUUAUAAUGCCAGGCGACCUAUGAAGCAGAGAUACCAUUAUAAUGUCGCGGAUGCAAGACUUCAUCAACAUGUUGAAAAGGGUAAUGAAGAUGGCCUGUACAUCAGUUGUGUGGCAUCUUCAACAAAUCUUUGGGCCCUUAUUAUGGAUGCAGGAACGGGCUUCUGUUCUCAAGUUUAUGAGUUGUCCCCUAUCUUCUUGCACAAGGAUUGGAUCAUGGAGCAAUGGGAAAAGAAUUACUACAUUAGUGCAAUAGCUGGUGCAAACAAUGGAAGUUCAUUAGUUGUUAUGUCUAAAGGAACCCCGUAUACACAGCAGUCUUAUAAAGUCAGCGAAUCAUUUCCAUUCAAGUGGAUCAAUAAAAAGUGGAAAGAAGGUUUUCAUGUGACAUCCAUGACAACUGCUGGAAGCCGUUGGGGAGUAGUCAUGUCAAGGAACUCUGGUUUUUCUGAUCAGGUGGUGGAGUUAGAUUUUCUUUACCCAAGUGAAGGAAUCCACCGCCGAUGGGAGAGUGGUUACAGGAUAACUUCAACUGCUGCUACUGCUGACCAAGCAGCAUUCAUAUUGAGCAUACCAAAACGCAAACUAAUGGAUGAGACACAAGAAACUCUUCGGACCUCUGCCUUCCCCAGCAACCAUGUGAAGGAAAAAUGGGCCAAAAAUCUGUAUAUCGCCUCAAUUUGUUACGGUCGGACCGUGUGCUGAAGUAUUUGCUGUGAUGAUAUCUGGCAAGGAGCAAGCAUCACUGGAGGCAUCGAAUUUUGAGAGAUGAGGGACUUGUUGUUAUAUCUGUGCCUUGGAUGUGUAUGUGUGAGAUUCUCAAUAGUUUAAGUUUAUCCUCUGCCGAUAUAAAUAGAGAGAGUGACAGAAAAAAGAAGAGAGAAAAGAAGAAUCUGAGGCCUCAUUUAUUUCCUCAUCCAAAUAGAAGUAUUGUGGUAAGUUUGUGUCUUGACCAACCUUUUAGCUAUUUUGAGGCUGAUAUCAAUCUGAAGGUCCAUUUACAUAUCUGUUCUUUUCCCUUUUUUUGAAGCUUUACUUUUUGGGCAAUCAAAAGCCAACUUGGUUUUUCUUUUAUCUUAAUGCCAAAGCUUCUUAAAUUAAUGAAAACAACAUAAAUUUGCAGCA